AUGACCUUUGUGCAAGAUAAUGCAAGUUGUCAUAAGUCAGUAAAAACCAUUAAAUGGUUUAAAGACCAGAAUAUUAAGCUUGGGAUGCAUCCACCACAAUCCCCUGAUCUCAACCCCAUUGAAAACGUGUGGGCAUGGCUCAAAAGAAGAGUUAACCUGAGGCAGCACGAAAUACAAAACAAGGCUGAUCUGUGGAGAGUGUUGUCUGAUGAAGUAUCAAGAGUGAAACCUACAGAAAUUCGACGCCAUUUUAUCUCAAUGCCUGGUCGCUUAAAGCGUCUAGAAAAAGCUAAUUUUGAUAUAAUUUGA